ACAACGUUCACAACUCUCGGUUCACAACUAUUCGACUUUUUAUUUUUUUUUUAAUAUGAAUGCAAGAAUAGAAUUUUUGAGUGUAUAUAAUAAAUUGUUAUCGUUUUAAAGCUUCAACAAACAUGGAUAGCACUGAAAAUAUAUGCAGGAUCUGUUUACUGGGAACUAAUUCCAAUGUGGACAUAUUGUUCGUAAACAUCUUCACACAAGAUGAUUUGCAAACACAGUUUAAUAUUAUAGAAGCACUGCAAAACAUAUGUCGGUUAGAAGUGUCUAAAGAAGACGGUCUUCCCAAUCAAAUAUGUUUCCAGUGUCAUUCUCGCUUAGAGGACGCCCAUCGUCUUUGCAUACUCUCGCACCGUUCGGAGGAAACAUUGAGGAACAUAUUUUUGAAAGCAACUACGCAUGAGCUCCAAACAUUUUUGUCAAACCACCCAGAUACGGUAACUUCAGAGUUAGUGGAAGAGUUCAACGAUAGAAAUGAUGAAGAGAUCAACACAUUUGAAGCGCAAACUAUGUCCGAUGACCAGUCUAGAGAAGGCGAACAAUCGCAAUCAAUUUACUGCUGUGGUUGCGAAGCGUCUUUCAGCGACGAACGGAAACUAAGGAAGCAUUCAAUCAUGAUGCAUCGUCCCAGGAAGUUGUCGAUUCCCAAAAGGAAAGUUCGCUGUAAUGUGUGUUUUGCUUUGUUUGCUGAUCAAGAUUCAAUUACAACUCAUAAACAAGGGCGAAAUGAUCUACAACCAGCGAAAACAUGCGUAUUUUGCAAGUGCGUUUUCUACACGAAUAUUAAAUUUGAUGAUCAUCAAAAUAUGUUUCAUUCGGACAAAUUGUUUAAAUGUUGUGGGUGUAGUUUUCGAACAGAAAACUCGAAUGAAUUCAAGGCACAUUCUUUGCGUCACAAAGAUCAUGAUAUGAGAAAUUCCAGAAACAAGCAUCGGUGUCGUAUCUGCAGUAGCAGAUUUGAGUCCCGACAAGAGCAGAGAACACACGAGCGAUUACCUUAUCGACGGAUAAAAUCUAUUCAUAAAACUAUGGAGAAGCAAGAGUCAAAUGAAGCUGCUGCUGUAUGUUGUGGCUGUAACAAAGUCUUCUUUACAACUUCAGAAUUACAUAAUCAUCAGGAACAAGUCCAUAGACCGCAGAGAGAAGGUAGUGAUAAGAACGAGUUACAAGAGGAAUGUAAAGGUUGUUUUAAGCGCUUCAAAAAUGAAUGCAUGCUGGACAGACAUCUUUGUUCCACCUCCCGAAAGAAGUUUUUCGAAUGUAGCAAAUGCUCAGUAGCUCGACGGACAUUCAAAGAGUUACUCGAUCAUAUGGCAGUUCAUCAAGGGAAGGAAGCAUUCAUAUGCUGUGGAUGUCGCAAAAGGUUCGACACGCAGGAAGAUCUUGAACAGCACUCCAAAGAAGUACACGCGAUCCGACCAAAAUAUUAUCACGUUGAUAAUCUUGAGUUGGAACGACCGUUUGAAUGUAAAAUAUGCUACCGCCGCUACAAGUGCGAACGGAUUCUUCGUAAUCAUCAGCAGUAUGUGUAUUACGAUAAAAUUCAUACUUGUGAUAUAUGUGGUAAAGGUUUCAGUCAGAAGAAAGCACUUGUUCUACAUUUAGCCACUCACAAAACUGAAGCCGAGCAUCCAUGUGCUCAGUGUGGUAAAAGGUACAAACAUGACACCCUCGCGCGCAGAUGUGAGAUCCGUCAUGACCGUCCUCAGGAGUACCGUUGUAGAUUCUGCAAUGCAACCUUCCCGAACGGAUCAAAUUUAAACUCUCACUUGGUGUCGCAUUCCGAUGAGCGACACUACAAAUGUGAUAUUUGUAAUCAAACCUUUAAGCGCAGUACACAUCUUCAAUCGCACAAGAUUAAACAUACGAGCGAAAAAAAUUAUUCCUGUAAGUACUGUCCGUCAAAGUUCGGUUCGAGUACUGCGCAGCACAAACAUGAAAUUCUUCAUACCGGAAUUUAUCCCUAUCGGUGUGAAAUUUGUGGGAAAGUUGCUAAAACGCGGCUUCAUUACGUCAAGCACUAUGAAGCCCACAUUGAAGGUUCGUUGAAAGUGUUCCAGUGCCAUCUUUGCGAGCAGCGUUACAGUAAGGAUCAUUUUUUGUCUAACCAUAUGAAAUAUUCACAUCGAAUCGAGCCGCAAGAUAAAGACUGGGAUAAAAAGUUCAACCGUCAGAGCAGUAAAAAAUAUGAUUCUAGUAGCAUCGACAGAACUGGAAUGAAGCAACCGUUAGAGUUAGUUGAUUGUACUGCUGGCGAAGAAGAAAUAGAUUUUCUGAUUGAAUAAAGCCAAAAUAUAUUUGUAAUAGUAAUUGUGGUAUCCCUAGUUCAUUUACGAUGGUAUUGGUGUUUGACACGAAAUCAACCUAGAUGACACACACGCUGGCAAGUGACUUGAAUCAGUCUUACUUUACAUC